AUGGCAUUGGUUGCUGAAGCCAAUGUCAUUGCCGUGUCGCUUGAGUACAGGCUAUGGCCUGACAGGCCCUUACCCGGAAGUUAUAUAGAUACAUGGGUGGGGCUCCAAUGGAUGGCAUCACAUGCCAACGGAAAUGGUCCUGAGCCGCGGUUGAAUGACCACGAGGAUUUGAGUAGGUUUUUUAUGGGUGGGGACUGUAAUGGAGAGCAAGAUCCUAAGCUAAAACCACCAGCAGAGGAUUUGGCUAACUUAGGGUGCAAGAAGGUGUUAAUAUUUUUAGCUGAGAAGGAUCAUCUAAGAGAAAUGGGUUGGGAUCUUUUGCGAGGGCCUGAAAAAAAGUGGGCAUAA